UUGUUGGUCCUCCUGAUCUGGUAUCGACUUUUGAGCCUGUUUGUAGUUUUUUUAUGUCCAAAGAGUUUCGUUUUUGAAGGAGGACGUCGCGGAAAUCCCGGAACUACAUACCAAGUGCCCCAGCGUUGCUUACUGUAUCUUGUACAGCAAUUUUUAGGGAUGGCCACCGCGCCACAGUCUUCAUUUCAAAUGAAAUCGGCUGAUCUGAUCAGAAAAGAGGCCCUGGACUACGGAGGGUUUGGAGACGUUUACCUCUGCUACCAUGUAACCCUCGGCCAGGUGGUGUUGAAGACCAUGUAUACAGGCCCUAUUCGCAACGAGGAGAAUAAAAAGUCACUGCUGGAGGAGGGGAACAUCAUGGCCAGCCUGAACCAUGAAAGGGUGGUAAAGCUGCUGGGUGUGAUCAUGGAAGAUAGAGACUGCUCGCUUGUUAUGGAACUCCUCCCCAGAGGCAACCUGUCAGUUAUGCUAGAGAUGGUGCGCGUGCCACUAUCCAUCAAGUGCAGAAUCAUCUUAGAGGUUUUGGAAGGGAUGAUUUACCUGACAGAGAGACACGUCAUACACAAGGACAUCAAGCCGGAAAACAUUUUAGUUGACAAGGAUUUUCACAUCAAGAUUGCAGACCUUGGCCUGGCCACCUGCCUGACGUGGAGCAAACUCACAAGGGAGGAGUCCCGCAGAAGGAGUCGUAAAGGGCAAUCAGAAGGGAUGAGAGGCGCUGGCACACUGAGCUACAUGGCCCCUGAGCACCUGGAGAGUAUACACACAACAUCUACUGAGAAGUCUGAUGUCUACAGCCUUGCAAUCGUAGUUUGGGUCAUCCUCACAGGGCAAAAGCCGUAUGCAAAUGCAAGGAGUGAAGAACAGAUCAGCCAGUGCGUCCGAAAUGGGGACCGACCUGCAGAGAACCUUAUUCCAGAGGACACCCCUGUAGAGAUCAUUCAGCUCAUGAAGAGGGGCUGGGAUCACUAUCCGCUGCAACGUCCAACAUUUGAAGAGGGCUAUCACUUCCUUCUGCCUUUCUAUGUGGAAAAGCUUGAACCUCUUGUAGAGGAAGAUUUACACGAGUUGAGGAAAUCAUAUGAAGGCCCUGAGGAACUUGUUGAGAAGAUGAAAAAUUUGUCAAUGACCCAGGAAUGUUCUUUGACAGAUGGCCCCGCUCCCUUGGUGAGUUCAGAAAGAAGUGCACCUGGGCCAGUUGAAGCCAGCAUUGAGGACAUGCAUGACAUCCAAUAUGAGCAACCUGUGGAGUCUAUUCAGACGGACGCAAAGGCAUUCAGCAGCCCUUCAGUUUUGGAGGAGAAGCUGGCUCGGGAGUAUUGGUACCACAAAAAUGGCAGCUACAACUGUGAGAUCCAGCCUGACGCUACCCUCCAUCACAGCAACUCAAAUCCUUUCCUGCAAAACCACUUCAGCAAUUCAGAUCAAGCUAUUCGGCAACCAGAACCAGACAGACCCUCGUAUGCAUCCUCUGUCCAUUCCUGGACAAAAGCUGAGGCAGUGCAGCCCACCAGUCAGGAGGAGGCAUUGUAUCGCCCUACUGCUGGUCUCUAUGAUUCCAUGAAUUCCUCCUUACCUUCUUCAUCCCAAUUUCCACUGUCUGCCAGCAGCCCCUCUCUAUCACAAUACAACCAGCAACAUCCACACUCCCACUUGGACCGCCAGCGGUCCUGCCCAGCUUACCCAGUGUCUGAUACGUCUGCUCCUGAUAUCAACCCUGGGGGUCUCCAAAUGCCUUCAAAGGGCUUCUCAAAACAAGAUCCAGGAUCUCUUUUCAUUCAGAACGCGAGUGGGAUCCAGAUUGGGAGCAACAACUUGAUGAGUAUCAGAGGUCCCGAGUCCUCCAAUAGUUCGAUGUCUCUGCUUUCGAAUGCCACAGCUUAUUCUCCAAUCAAAGAAGGCAUUUUGAAAUAUGAGGACCAUGCCGUGACAGAGGAUCACCUGGAUAUACUGAGGGACAACAUCGGUAAAAAAUGGAAGGGAUGUGCACGGCGACUGGGUCUGACUGCUGUGGAAAUAGAAACCAUUGAGCACGACUGUUACCGUGAUGGCCUCCCAGAGAUGGUGCACCAAAUGCUGGAUCGGUGGAAAAUGAAGGAGGGAAGUAUUGGCUGCACAAUUGGGAAGCUUUGUCGUGCUCUGGAAGGUAACAUAAAGAUAGAUGUCAUCCAGAAAAUAUUGGACUCCUGCAGUUCUUCCUUCUAGAUCUGAUAAACUUUUUACCUCUUUGCGUCUAAAAGACUUUCUGAUCAUGAGGGUCACUUUUUAUGAACCGUUUGCAACAUUUGAACGUUUUCUCUCAACCCAAAUAUGUAUUAAUUUUGGUUUUAUGGGACACAUGUUAAAUAUCUUCUCUCGCCCACAGAUGUGUCUUGCUCCAAGCAUUAAAAAUGGCAUACUGAAAACCAAAGAGCUCACUUUACUUCUUUACUGAAACGUUUCUUUGUUACUUUUUAAAACCGUUAGAGCUCCCUGUGAACCGUUUUCACUUUCUGGAACUGGAUCUCAUUUUGAGGAAAUUAUACCCGGACUUGGCUUUUAUGUGAACGUUACCACUUGACUUUAUACCUUUUUUUUCUACCAAAUAUAUCUUUUUGAGAAGUUUCAGUAACAAGACAAGCUUGUUAAAAUGUAAGGUUUUUCUUAAUAUGGAAUUUUAAAAUCUGUUUUAAUAGUAAUAAGAGCCUGAAUGAUAAGUAUAUUUUACGCAUAUUGCAAAUAAUGUGCUGAUUGUUUUGUGUUUGUGCACAGUUACUGUAGCUUAAACUGAAUAAUGAACUCUUAUUAAGGGACAAUUGAAUGGUGUGUGGUAAACAUUUAUUACAUCCCAACACAAACAGAAAGACUAGGCAUUUAGCUAUUUCUUUGAAUGAUCAGUGUGUGGAUUCACUCUCAUUAUAUCAGAUUGCCUUUAAACUGAUAAGCUGCUGUGGUGUACUGUAUAGCAUUUUCAAUUACAAGAUUUGUCCUCCAUCCAAAGAUGAUAUUUUCUUUGAGAUGAUUUUAUGUUUUGUUCCUUUUUAAUUACAAAAAAAGUCUUCAUUGUGUUCUUCUUCAAAUACUCAACAAGCUUUACCCAAAACCAGAUGUAUUUUAAAAGCCACUUGGACAUUCUAAAUAAACUGAACAAAUGUUAAUACAAUCCCAAAGUAAAUUAAUUUCAUCUGUUACGUGGAUGGCACGACACACUUUUAAGAUGGUUUUACUUUUAUAUUAGUAUUUCCAACAGAUGGAAUCCCCUGCUACUCGUUGACUGAUAUCUAUGUAAUAAAAACAAUAACAGAGCUGUCACUUCUAAA